GGGCUGUGGGCGUGAGAAUUGAGCUAGCAGCCUUAAAAACGCCCUGCUGCUCUGCCUGCACUUGUCUUUGUUUUUAUUUUUUUUGUCUUCCAAUUAAGUGUCAUGACACAGGGUUGUGUGAUUUGAAUGAAGAAAUUCUCUGUUAGCAAUUCAGCUAACAGUUUGAGCAAUUAUCUGUUAAGAAUUGAUACUUGCACUCUCCUGGUCAGCCCUCAGUCUUCAGCCCACAAUUUUAUCAGCGAAUGAUAAAAGAACACCUCUCAAUUGAAUUACUACUCAUGGAACAAUGUGGUAUAUAGACGGUUAUACGUAGUUAGUAUUUGUUGUUAUGAAAUGAAUGGUGAGAUUACCAAUCUCUUUAGAUUACAAAUGACAGUGGUAUCUUUGGGCUUUACAUGUCUGUGUAGUAAAAUAUGUAAUCUGCCAUACUAUAGGUACAGAAAGCUAGCACUAAAGUGGCAUCCAGACAAGAACCCAGACAACAAGGAAGACGCAGAGAGGAAGUUCAAAGAGCUUUCAGAAGCCUAUGAGGUCCUGUCAGACGGUAAGAUUCCCCCCUCCACCUAAGACUCCUCAUUAUGGACGGUUUAAAAAUGCAAACACAAACGCUAAUGCACAUGUCACGAAUCCCGGAUACCACAUCCGGUUGUAAUUUUUUUUUAAAUUAAUAAAUAAAAAAAUAACCGUGAAACUGCAGCGUUGCAGUUCUUGAACCAAACCGUUGCACCUACUGCCAUACCCUGUUCAAAGGCACUUAAAUAUUUUCUCUUGCUUAUUCACCCUUUAAAUGGCACACAAAAACCAAUCCAUGUCUAAGGCUUAAAAAUCCUUCUUUAACCUCCCCUUCAUCUACUC